GUAAAUCGCAUACAUAAAGUACCAGCUUGCUGUAUUAAUACCCUCGCCGACAGCUGAGAACAGGCUCUGACUCUGAGCCUGCGAGGCCUCUCGCUCUGUCUUCCUAAAUCUCGUUGAGUGAUCAGACCAAUACUUAAUUCCCAUGGUAGCUGCAGGGCCCUAGGGCUGUUGGGUAGUGUGCCAGCCCAGCAUGGAGUCGAUGCGGGCAGCCGCUGUCCGCGUUCUGCUCCACUGCUGCGCGCAGGACCUUGAGCGCAUCCUACGAUGCAAUGCACCUGGAGAGGAGCAUUUGGCGUUGCCACUGUCUGCUAUCGCGCUUGCCAACCAUGAGCCAGAGCUUGCAGCGGGUCUGUACGCUCGUCCUUUGGAGGUCUUAACACUGCUCGAUGAGGCGACAAUCCCUGCCCAGCUGGAGAUGAAGUCAGCCAUUGAGCAGGGAAUGGAGGGGCAGCAAGCAGCGGCAGCUGUGGGCGGCGGAGCAGGGCAGCUGCUUCCGGUGCAGUGCGCUCUGAACGUGUGCGACAACGUGCACGUGCGGCUGGUGUCGCUGCCCACCUCGCUGGACCCACACCCGAGUCCCAUGCGACCGCCCUUAGCUCGCCUGGGCUGCUCGCAGCUGCACCAGCUGCUGUAUGUGAACGGCACAGUUGUGCGAGGCGGCCCCGUCCGAGUUUGGGAAAGCAUACAGUUCUUUGAGUGCUCCCGCUGUAAGGAGAAGUGAGUGAGCAUGGGCCACCGCAGAUCCCAGAGACAAGCGCUCCGUUGAUAACUGACUAAAUGGAAGGCGUGGCUGCGUGGCAGGUUCCCCCUCAAGUCUUCAUUAAACGAUGGCGGGGCCGUGGACAUGCCUGACGCAUGCCCAUUGGCGUUCCGGAAUCAGCCAUGCCCAGGCACCAAGUUCAAAAAGGUGAAUACAGCAUGGCUCGAGGGCGAUGGCAUGAGGCUAGGCUUGGGAGUGCCGGCAUUAUCCAUUAGAUGAA